AUGGGCAUCACGGCGGUCCGUACCAACAACACUCGAGAGGCGGUGGUGCUCCUACCGGCCGCGGCGGCCGUGCUGGGUAUCCAUCGGGUGGUCGUCCUGAAUACCCGCCCGCGCCUCAACCACAGUACGAGUACGGACGACAGCAACCCUAUCCUCAACAUAGCCCUGCCUACCCGGCUCAGCCCGCUGGGGGUAGCUACCCUCCUCAACAACAUCCCCAACAGCAGUGGCACCAAGACCAUGCUCAUCCCACGCCACAGCAUGGAGCUCAUGCUCCGACCCCAUUGUCAAGCUCCAACUACCACCCGAAUUACGCUCCUCAGGUCUACUCCCACCCCCAACAUGGCCAGCCGCCGCCGCCUCAUCAACCCGGAUACGGCCCUCCGCAGCAACAGCAAUACGGACAGCCCUACCACCCUCCCGCCCAUUACAAUGCUCCUCAGCAGUGGCCGGGCCAUGACCAACAUCCCCAGAAUCAUUACGGUGGUGGACGUGGACGUGGUGGUUACGGCAACGACCGAGGCGGUUCUCGAGUCCCUGUGGCUGCACCGGCUCCUGGACCAUACGAUCCUCGAGCUCAACAGGCGCCGUAUGGUCCUCCAGCCCAGUAUCCCUAUCAUGCCCCCCCUCCUGCACCUCGCGCUUCAGGCCCUCCACAGGAACCGCAUUACAAGCACGACGGACAAGGUGGAGGACGUGGUCGCGGCGGCUUCCGUGGCAACAACAUGCGAGGCCGUGGAUGGGGGUUUCCACAAGCAUGAUAAUGCCGCCUCGGGCAAGAAGAAGAAGCGCAAGACCAACACGCUUGGUCUUACCCCUGGCCAAGACUCGGAUUCGGAAGAUGACGAGAUGGAAGAGGAGACGCUUCGCAAGUUAAUUGGGGCAGAUGCUCUUCAAGUCACUGAUGUUGCUGCUUACAUCGCUGAGCGCAAGAAGCGCUUCCCGACCGCCGCCCGUGUCAAAGCAAAGAAGUCUGCCGAGGUGGCACACGGAGGCGGUGAUAAGUUUGCUGCUGCUCUGGAGAAGGAAGAAAACCUGGCCAGUAAGCUGAGAAAACAGUUGGAAAAGGUGGAGUCGUCUAUAAAACGCAAGCGUGAACAGCAAGACGAAGGCGACGAGAUGAGAGACAGCUCUCCUGUUGCACUCAAGUCUGACGACGACGAGCCUGAAGUUGUGUCGAGUCGCGCCCAACAAGCCCCCCCUCCGCCCCCGCCAGCUAGGAAGGCAGAUGUUACGAAACAUUGCAAGUACUACUCGACGGGAGGCACCUGUGGCAAGAAGGGCAAGUGCCGUUUUGUCCACGAUCCCGCUGUAAGAGAGGCGGCGAUGAAAGACCGGGAGGCAAACAAUGGCCAGCUUACAAUCCAGCAGCGCUUGGUUCUCAACGACAAGGAUCAGGAGGAUUUGACCGUCCUUCAAUCGAUCCAGUAUCUGCGCCAAAAGGGCUUGAUGAAGGAAGAGGAGAAUGAAGCCCACAAUGGCACAAACGGGCGUCCCGCUUCCAGCGGCCAAUCGCACCCUCGCCAGCAGAGCAGUUUGCCAGCCGCCCCCGCCUCCCUCCCUCCGCCACCCAUGAAGCAUCACAAUGGGCUUCCUCCGCACAACCCGCCUCCUUCUUCACUCUCCAUGAGCAACGGCGGAUCUACAGUACGAUACAAAGGCUGGAAUCUGAGUGGAUAUGGGAACUCAGGUCUCAAGUCGGAAGAUCUCCCCUAG